AAUGAAUUGUUCGGAAUAUCAGUGUUGCUAUCAUGCCCAUUUUUGUUCAAUAAAUUUGCCGAUCAAAAUUGCAUACUGUUUUCAAAAUUAACUGUAUCAAGAUUUAUUUGCAAUGUUGUGGUUAAAAUGUGCCUGAAUCGUAACGUGUGGAGGCCAACAAACGCAAAACGUUAUCCAACGUGCGCGAGCGUUUCGAACAGCUGUUGAGGUCUGGAAUCGCCAAAGCGCAAAGAAAAUAGAAAAAACAAAAAAAAAAGCAAAAGUGCCAGCCGAAACUUUUGCGGAGAGCGCGAGAGAAGCUGAUGGCCAAAGCUUUUUAGCCUGUCGUCAUCGUGAACCCUAAGGGUCGUCGUCGUCGUCGUCGUCGUCGUCGUCUCAGUCGAACGGGCAACGAAGUUGCAUACGCAACAAAUUUUCUGGUCAGCGGGUCGCGGCUGUUUGCUGUUUGUCGUGUUUUGUUUUUGGUUCGUGGCAACGGCAGAGGCCAAAGCGUAGCUUGUGUUUUUGUUUAUGUACACAACGUCGUAUAAAUCCACACGGGUAUACACGCACACACGCACACACACGCGCUUACGCACACACACACAAUCAAAAGCAACGCCAAAUUAGCCACUCCUCAUCGCGAGUGUUCUGUGACGUCACAAAUUUGAUCGCGCCUGCCAAAUUGAAUACGUACAACAACAAAGAUGACACACUGUCGCAGCACCUUGAGGCAUUUGGUGCGUCAUUGCCAUUUGCAGUCCAAGCUGCCAGCGGUCAUCAGCAGCUGCAACAGCCGCAGAUUCACCUGCCUGGCCACAUGCAACAGCAGCAGCAGCAAAUACAUCAACAGCCUGCAGCAGCGGCUAGUGGCAAGUAGCCGCUGCUACUCCAAGUUUAGCACACACCUGAACAGCGAGCGGGCGAUGGAGCUGCUGUGCAAUCUGGACGAGGACGAGCGUCUCAAUCUGCGCGAUGCCAUGUACAAGCUGGAGGCGGACUUGGUGAAGAAACAGUUCGAAAGCCAACUAGCCGUUGGCAGUUGGCGGACGCGCUUCGGACGUCUUUCCAAUAAGGUGGGCCAAGUGGAUCCGACCGGCACAUUUUGUGCGGUGCCCGAUGAGUGGCUGAAAAAGAAACUGGUGGAGGCGGCAGAACCGCCCACCGCUAGACAACUUUAUAGCAUUUUCUUCGUGAAUGCCGUGCCAUUUGUAGCCUUUGGAUUUCUUGAUAACUUCAUUAUGAUCACGGCCGGUGAAUACAUUGAGAGCUCAUUGGGCCAUUUCAUAACGCUAUCGACAAUGGCCGCCGCAGGACUUGGGAAUACCAUAAGUGAUAUUAUGGGCAUUACGAUGGCCACAUAUGUGGAGGAAGGCUGUCAGCUAUUGGGACUCAAGCAACCCCGAAUGACGCCCGCACAAUUUGAAUUGAAGUCAAGCAGGCGAGCCUCCAGUUGGGGUCGCAUUAUGGGCAUCACAGUCGGCUGCCUAAUCGGCAUGUGCCCCUUGUGGCUGAUUAAGGACGAACCGAAACCAACGGCUGAGAAUUAGGUUUUCCACACUCAAAAUUUAACUAGUGUAACAGUCAAUUCUAUGGAGUUUCUGUUGAGAUCGCAAUCCGAAUGCAAACUUUUGAUUUUAUUAUUUUAUUUAUUUAAAAAUUGAUCAUUUUCUGGGAUCUUGAAGUUAUCUUAAAGUUCUCUUCUAUGAAUACUUCACGCGAUGUAAAACAAACUAAUGUGACACUCAAAGUACCUACUAAUUAAAUACUAUUAACUCCGCCUAGUAAAAUUAAGAUUCAAUAUCAUUAUUAUGUAAUUUCAAGUUUGCACUAAUGCUGACUGCAACUCAAAACUCAUCUGGUUUUAUGUUCUAGGUGAAACGCAACAAUUCUUUUGUAUUCUCGGAUAUAAAUAUAAUCUAGUGGUAAAUAUAAAACUGACAAUGUAUCGUAGCUGCAAAAAGGUCCAAAUGUAACACCAAAAAUCAAAAUAGAACGUUUCUGUAGUGAACUUGGCUGAUAAAUGCCCAAGCCCCAUAUCUGUUGACAUCAUUAUUUCGUUUGGCUAGCUUCAUUUUGAAAUAAAGCAAAGCCUGUUUCAAUAGAAUAUAAUGCCUACACACUGGACUAUCUGACUUUGAAACACAUCACACUGCAAAGUGCCUAUUAAAUGCUUUGGACUAUGCGCUCACUCGAAGCUAUUCCACCCAUGUUACAUAAAAUAUAAAUAGGCUUUAAAAAAUAUUGAAACUCAGUAGCAAGAAGUAUACAUUAUGUACAAUAUCAAAGUCCAAGUUGUAGAGAGCUUAACAAAUAAAGAUAUUAAAUUGAAG